AUGAUGCGAACUGGCUUUCCGUGGAAUGCCCAGUCGCAAGAGCCCGAGAAAGAUUUGGCCUUAUCUGAGGAGAACAAUGAUCGAGCCAUUUCUCGGCUGGAGGAAAUAAAACAGGGCGAAGCUCCAAGCUCGGCAACUCGAAAUCAUUCCUCGAGUCAAACUCCUCAACCGAAGAGGCAGAACAGUGCGCCAGGGAAGCAUCGGAAUGGGUCAUUGAAAGGUUCUGCACGAGGCAAAUUACCUGCCUUCAACGUGCCGCCGGAUUCUGGCACAUCGAAAGCGACGUCGCCGUUACCAGUCCGAACCAUUCCUCCUUGGGUGAGAGAUGCAGAAGAAGACGACCUUGAUGACCCCCAGUUUCAUUUCCCAGACGCUCCACACGCGGCCUUUGUCGCGCAACACAACAAUAGCCCUUCAAACGUCAGACGCCCCCUUCUGUCCGGUCAACAGCCUCAAGACCAUGGAUUCACAACGGCCUCGGGCCAAAGUCGACCAGAGCGAGUCUCGAGAUGGAUAACCUUUGGUCGUGCAAGUGCGUAUCCACACGAGAAUUUCGAUGGCGAAAAGGUGGAUCCGGAAUACCUCGACCAGAACUUCACCGACUAUUCGAAGCCCUGGUUGGCUGAUCAUGAUGAAGAUGGUCUCGAAGACAGCAGCAGCAGGUAUCGCGCGUUCCGCCGGAAAAGACAAGUCUGGUAUAAGAGGGCUCAAUUCACAAUCCUUCGAAAUCCGUUCAUUCCUCUCGCAUUCCGACUGACCGUCUUCGCCUUUGCCCUUAUUGCGCUUGGCCUAGGCGCUUCAAUAUACCACGAAACCGGAAGAAUUGUGAACUGCGUCAAUCAAGACCCGCGAACACGGACAGCAGAAUGCGUGGAUUUUGUUGGUACAGAAGACCAGGAUUACUAUCGAGACCCUUCGGGGUUGAUGGCGAUAAUUGUUGACGCCAUUGCCCUGGUUUACACCAUAUAUAUCACCUACGACGAAUACUUCUCAAAACCACUGGGAUUGCGAUCUGCUCGUGCAAAAGUGCGACUGAUCCUGCUGGAUCUGUUCUUCAUCAUAUUUCAGUCAGCGAAUCUCAGCCUGAGUUUCGAAUCUUUAACUGUGGAUGAAGGUGCUUGCAAAGUGGGCGAUUCACCCAAAACCUCCAAUAGAUUUGAUAAUGUGUGCAGCCGAGCAGAAGCAUUGAGCGGAGUCUUGUUGGUCUCUUUAACGGCAUGGUUAAUGACAUUUUCUGUAAGUGUUUUGAGGUAUGUGAACCCAGACAGGAGAUCCACGUCGAGUACUAAUUGUCGACAGAUUGGUAGAAAGGAUCGACACCAAGUGAAAACGACCUUUCAGACCCGAGAAAUUGAUUUGCCAUUUGUCCGUCCAUUAAUGAGACAUGAAUAUCCAUAUCCUCCAUUGCAUUCGGAGGAGACGGCUUCUUCUGGGUAA